AUGUCGACAAUCGGGGGUAAAUACAUGAGAAAAUCCUCCGAAGUGUCCACUUCUAAGAAGGAAAAGUACUUCGGUUGGUUGACCAAGGGCAGACAGACGGCCAUGCAUAACUGCUUGAUCAUUGGUAUUGAUUUUGGAACAACGUUUUCUGGUGUAUCGUGGGUAACCGUGGCCCGCUUUAACAAGGAUGAUAUCAACGUUAUCACCGAUUGGCCCGGGACCAGCAACGACGAAGCAAAGGUUCCAACUCGGCUAAGCUACGAGAACAGGGCUAAAGAGCCUUUAUGGGGAUUUCAAGUUGACAACACCGGACCAGCGGUACAAUGGUUCAAGCUCCUUUUGCUAAAGGAGGAGGACAUGUGGAAAGAUCUUCGGGAGUCAGAACAGCUUAUCAAAGUCAAAAAGCUGCUGCGCGAUUGGGGAAAAACUGCCGAGGAUUGCAUUGCAGACUAUCUCCGCGCACUUUGGAGACAUACUCUCAAGAUGAUUCGCAAGGGCCACGCAGAUUACCUGAUUGAAACUCUCCAAUUCCAUGUGGUUCUCACCGUGCCCGCUAUCUGGAAAGAUUAUGCACGUACUGCCAUGCAAGAAGCCGCCAAAAAUGCCGGGAUUCUCGAAUAUCGCAGCGCCGGCGAGACAACCUUGAUCCUUGCACCCGAGCCAGAGGCAGCCGCAUUGACAGCACUGCUGGAAUAUGGUACCAACAUUAGCCCAGGCGAAGUGUACGUAAUUUGCGAUGCCGGGGGUGGGACCGUGGAUGUGAUCACCUACAAAGUUGUGGACACUCAGCCUCUCGAGUUGGGCGAGGCUGUCGAAGGCGAUGGUGAGCCAGUGCUAUUCUCCGCUCAUUUUGGCGCCCUUUGUGGUGGGAUAUUCAUUGAUGAAGAUUUCAUAACAAAAUGCUCAAAGCGUAUUGGUCGCAAGUGGUCUCACUUCAGCCAAGCACACCAAAACGCCAUUCUAGAAGAUGAAUGGGAGGUCGACAUUAAACCGCGAUUCUCUUUAAGAGACCCCCGCGCUAAAUGGUUGCUAUCCAUUGAGAACGGUCCAUUAUCGGGUGCAGACUUGCAAGAUACAUCCCGCAUGCCUCACAUCAAGAGAGGUAUUAUACACUUUUCAAGGAAAUCAACCCAUUACUUACCUUCCACUAACUUUAUAUUCAGCUCUGACAUUAGGGAGGUCUUUGACGCCAGAGCUACUCCUGGGCUUCUUGAACUAGUGGGCACGCAAAUAGACAAAGCUCAAGACAAAGGCCUUAGUGUGACGGGAAUUAUUCUUGUCGGGGGCCUCGGCUGUAGCGACUAUCUAUUCGAAUCCCUUGAAGCCAAAUACGACAGCCAAGGCAUCGAUAUUUAUCGCUCUGAAGACAAAGACCAAGUGCGAUCUGCCAUCUGCCGCGGGGCCAUUCUCAAAGGUCUUAUAGCUGCUCCAAUCGACGGGUAUAUACCAAACGCUCCUCGUAUCCUUUCAACUAUCUCCAGAACAUCUCUGGGUAUACCAAUGAUAUAUGAUUUUCAGGAAGGAGUUCAUCGCAAAAAGAAUAGGUUUUUCGAUGAGGUUGAGGGCUGUUACAAAGUGCGUGAUGUGAUGCAGUGGUAUAUUAAAAGAGGGAAUGAGGUUGAAACAGAUCGUCCUAUCAGGAAGAACAUGUAUAGGUCACGGAGCAUGGAAGACUCCCUACCAUCUUCCUUAGAUUUCAGUAUUUAUCAGUGCGAAAGCGAAUACCCACCUAAGUACAAGACUCACGUUGUGACGCUACACUCUACCAUUGAGUUCCAGCUUGGGCAUUUUGGAUACAGUGCCUGGGAAGUACAUGGAACUUCCAGUGGUCGAAGGUUCCAGAAACUCUGCUACACACUUGAGAUGGUGCCAUCCGGUGCCUCUACGGAAAUUUCAGUGUGGAUCAAUGGCCAGAGGCUGGGAUCAGAGUAUAUAUCGAUUCAAUUUGACUAG